GGAACCACUUCCAUUCUGACCUGGAUUACAGAACGCGCUGUGGAACGGGGAAGACACGACCGCAGAGCUCGAUAGAAGAUAAAGCAGGCAUGGAUGUUCUGCCCUGACCGUCCGGAUGGAGUCAGGAGAACAAGGCUGAAGCGGAGCCGCUGCGCUGCACGAACAGCGGUAGACAGCCGGAGACAUAAGACCAACUCCCUGCUGAGACUCUUCUUUUCCCAUGGAUCUGGUACACGCAGGUUAGGGAAGGGCGUGGCGCAGUGGUUCUCAGUUCACAGCUCAAGUGCAACUUUGUUAAAGCUGAUGGAUCUAAAGAGAGUGCUGUCCUUCCCCCCAUACCCUAGGGAUUAUCUACAUCCUGUGGUAUAUGCCUGUACUGCUGUCAUGCUGCUGUGUUUGCUUGUCUCCAUCGUGACAUACAUUGUACACCACAGUGUCAUCCGCAUCAACAGGAAGGGCUGGCACACCCUCCUCAAUUUCCUCUUUCACACAGGCCUGACAUUUGGGGUGUUUGCUGGAGGCAUCAAUCAGAUCCACUUUCCUUUGGUUUGUCAGAUUGUCGGCAUUGUACUCCAUUAUGCUUCAUUGUCCACCAUGAUGUGGCUGGCUUUUACUGCAAGAAACAUUUGUAAAGAUGUGUGCAAAGAACCACUUCAAGCCCAGGACAGGAGUGCUCCAGUCCAGAAACGUUCCAAACCAACCAUCCUGAGAUUUUAUCUUGUGAGCGAUGGAGUACCUCUGUUAGUUGUAGUCAUUACGGCUGUGUUUGGCAUGGAUAACUAUGGCAGCAGAGACGGAGCAUUAUACUGCUGGAUGGCAUGGGAACCUAGUCUGGGAGGCUUUUAUGCACCAGUAGGUCUUCUGGUCUUAGUCAUGUCUUUGUACUUUUUGAUUACCUACAUCCAGCUGAAGCGCCACCCAGAGAGAAAGUAUGAAUUGCGACUUCUAAGAGAGGAUCAGCAGAUGUCGUCGUCCAGUGAGUCAAACCAUCAUUGUCAAAGUGGCAGUGGUGGAGCUUCAGUGUCUGCUGGAGACUGUCUGACAUUUUCUACUGGUGCAUCUGUACUGGCUAAUGAACACUCUUUUAAAUCCCAACUACGUGCUACCAUCUUCACACUGUUUGUGUUCCUGUCAACCUGGGCUUUAGGAGCAUUGGCUGUAUCACAGGGACAUUUUCUGGAUAUGAUUUUCAGCUGCCUCUAUGGGGCUUUUUGUGUCACUUUGGGUCUCUUCCUUCUCAUCCAGCAUUGUGCCAAACGGGAUGAUGUGUGGAAUCGUUGGUGGGUUUGUUGCCCAUCUAAAUCAAAGAUAGAGAAUGUCAAUACUGAUGGACAGAGUCAAACACAACAACUCCAUCAACCACACUGCCACUUGAGCUCUCCGUGUUCAGGCAAGCAGCCACUGCUUUUGCCACAACUCUUGCAGGGUUCUUCAGAAAAAAUUACACCACCUCCUCAAAGCCCAACUCCAAGUAACACAGGUCCUUGUUGUGUGGCUGUUAUGAGUCCAGCAUCCCCUGUCCAAUCUCUCAUUGAGCCAGAGUUCUCACCACGUCCUCAUUCUCUUCCAGAUGAGCUCCCUCGGCCAACUCUUCCCCUACAGAGAUGCCUUACUGAGAGAGCAAAGUCACGCUCCUUUAACCGCCAAAGACCAUGCUUCCAAGACUACCGCUCACAUCUGGCUUCACUGAGUAUGGAUGGAAGUGUGCACAGCUCCCACAGGGAUCUAGAAGGAACACCGUUAGUUUCCAAAAGCCCACUUCCAGAUCAUCAGCUUCUUUGUCCUAGUCCCCACUUGGGUAAGCAGAUGGCUUCCAGCCACACCUUUCAAUGCCAAACCUCCUGCCAGAGUAUACAAGACCCAGUGACUUCCUGUCACGGCCAUGUUCACAGCAUGCAUGACAGCAUAACUUCCUGUCACAGCCUCCUGCCUUCUCAAGGGGUCCAUUCUUGCCAGUGGCACAUGUAUGGUUCAGCUACUCCCUCUGCUAAUGCAACCUGCUGUGACAAACUUGAUUCAUUUACAAUGAAAUGUGAGCAAGACCCCAAAACAUACAACUGCACAUUAAAGACAGAAGAUGAAGACACAGAGAUGCAUUCUUUGGACAUAAAGCAGAGAGGUUUUCCACGAAAUACUCUGCCUCGACAGCAUUCCAAAAUUAGUCGCCGAGGGGUCAUUGGUCGAAACAGAAGUUUGCAAGAAGAUGGCUUGUUUGGCUCAGAUGCUACAGGAAAUAUUCGGACUGGCCCUUGGAAGAAUGAAACCACAGUUUAGAUGUGAUGUCAGUUUAGCCUUCCAAUAACUCUGUCUUUAUAGAUGACAUGUAUGUGUUUUGGUCUUUAUACUGUAUCCUAAAAUAACCUCAAUGAGUCCUCACAUAAUUUAGGACUAAAUUAAGUUGUUAAAUAAAUAUUUUUUUAGUUAUAUUUGAUUAUCAAAUACAGGUGAAUCUACAUUAUGCUUUAAAUCUGCAAGUAAUAUAUCAUGAAUUCUCAGGGGCACAGUGGUUCUUUAAUUAGAAAUGUGAGUGAAAAAAAGGGACCAAGAGGUUAAACCACAUCAGUUCCACUUAGAUGUUUCAUGUUAGUUUAUAUAAAUUGUUUUAUAUUAAUCUAAAAUGUCUACAAAAAUUAAAAUACUAGCACUCACUGAACUUUGCAUAGGAACACAGACCAGGUACAAAAUAUGUGUAGAACCAACUGCCCUUGAUUUUCUUGAAAAGACAUGUUAAGGGACUUGGCCUCUUACUUCAUAUGCAUGAGAGAGCUUCAAAUAACUCUUUAUAGAUACAAUUAUCUCAAAAACACAGAUAAUAAAACCCCUUGCAACCAGAAUAGCAGGGAUCUCCCUCGAACUGCUCAGUGUCUAAGACACCUUCUCUGAGUAUUGGUGCUCAUGCAAAAGAAUUUUAAAAAUUUUACUUCCUGCCUUUAGCUCUGUAGACAUGACAAUGUAUCAUGUCUCUUUUUAGCUUUGUAUCAUAUUCCUGUGAUGGAAUGGUGACCUGUCCAGGGUGCCCCCACCUCUCGCCCAUUGACUGUGGGAGACGGGCACCAACACCCCGGUAACCUCACUAGGAAUAAAUGUGUUGGAUAAUGGACGGAUGGAUAUCCACAUGUCCACAUAUUAUUCCCUGAUGAAAAACAAACCUGGAGUGCUGCUUUGUUUCUGUCAUGUAUAUUUGAAACAUAUUGGAAUCUCCUGUGGCAACCAUUCUGCAGUGUCUGAAUGAUUGCUCGAGCCAAACACCAUCUUUUUCCAAAAAGCUCUUCAUUGGUAGUGCAGACUCCAGCUGAGUUUCCACCUCACUGAGCACCUCUCCUCCUGGCCUCCACCGUUCAGCUCCUCCAGACUAGCGGCAGCAGCAAUUAGUAAACACCAAGUGGAACUGCGAAUCUGCUGAGCUUAUUAAAUAAACUACAUCUCAGUCCUAUGCUCCUAAGAUCGUUUGUUCAUGGUAUAAUUAGAACCAUUGUUGUCAUGACGGCAGGGUAUCAGAAGGAGCAGGAGUUUCUCAAUGAGACAGAGGCCCAAUUUCAAGAAGCUAAGAUACAAAUUCAAAUUUCAAGUCAUGUUGCAUACAUACAGCACUUUCCUAACAAUUGAAAGUAACAGUUACUUCAUUAUGGGGGUGGGCAUUCAUCGUUUCAGUUAUCGUUAAUUUCUUUUUGUCAUAUUAAUAAUUUUGAUUUAACAUCACCAUACAUUUUAGUAAACAUUAAAAACUUUUACUUAAUGUGAUUUGCACUAUUUUUCUCCUUGUUUCUCCACAACAAUACCAAUAACUGUCAAUAAAUUUGAAAAUGAUUAUUCUAAGUCUCUAAGUGAUACAUUGUUCAAACAAUUAAUCCACAUGUAUAGACAUGUGCAACCAUCAAAUUGUACAGGAAAAUAACAGGUUCUCUGUCCCAGGAAUAAAUAUGUAAAUAUGCAGAUAGACCCCAGAAUAAAAGCUAAAGAUGCUACUGUAUUUUUUCAAACAGUCAUUAUCCCCAGUGAAACAUGCCCUGUUCUGAUUUGAUUAAAAUUGUUUAUUUUAGCAAAGGCCACUCAGCUUUUACUUCAGAAGAAACAUAAAAAGUUAGAUUUUUUUGUAGAUGCACACAGAGAUGACAAUCUUAAUUUCUGGACAAAUGUCCUAGUGAAACUAAAGUGAACCUGUUUGGCUAUAAUGUCCGUUGGAGGAAGAUUAGAGAUACCAUUUUACCUUUGAAGUUUGGGGGUGGCAGCAUCAUGGUGCUGGGCUAAUGUGCUGCGGGAGGAACCGGUGCACUUCAUGAAAUAGAUGCCAUCAUGUGGAGAGAACCUUAUGUGGAAAUACCGAAGCAAUAUCUAAAGAAAUCAGCCAGUAAGUAAAAACAUGGGAACAGAUUUGUCUGUAAAUCAAAAUCUACAACCAAAGAGGUUAUAGAAUGGUUUAAAGACAACAAAGUCAGUGUUUUGGUGUAGCUGUCAAAAAGCCCUGAGGGCUACUUCACAAAACUGUACAAUACAGUUUGUCUCUAUCAAGGGGCUGAUAAUGAGUUACAUUGUGUAAGCUGCAUUACAAUUUAUCUUCUGUCUUUUAACACCCAUUAAGCUUCAACAUACUGCAAAAUAUACUUAUAUUUAAUCUCGAUCAAUUGAAAUCAGUUGAUAAGAAGUGGAACAAAAAGUAACAUGAAUGAAUCCGCUCUCAGAUUGGCUUCCACUGUUCAUUGAUUUGAUUAAAGUUGUUUAUUUUAGCAUAUGACAGGUAUGACUAUGAUGGUUCUUAGUUAAGUUAUAGCUUGGAAAUAUAUUUUUGGCUAGUUACGCCUUCAAUCGACCCGCUACUGUUUGCUACUGUAGCAGCAGUUUAUUUUCCUUUUGAGCAAUGUGCUUUAAUUCUUCAUAAUCCUCAGUCAAAAGAUCUUUGUUUUGUGUGAAGCAUGGAAUAUGCAAUUUAUCUAGCCAUCAUGAGCAUCAGUGAAUCUGUGAUUGAUCUCAUGAUCUACUGAAGAAAUCUGUGAAGGCGUAUUCACCUGAAUUACUAAAGUCUGGGCCAACGUAGCUGAACCUCCUGAAAGUACAUAGUAUUGCCCAUUUAAAAUAUGUGAGGACCUACCAUAAAAUGAUAAAUGUAUUAGUAUUUUAAAACUUUUGGAAAAAUAGAUAAACAGCUUUCAAAAUGCACAAUAUUAAACCCAUUAUAUUGCUAAUAAUUACAAAUUUCCUCAGCUUUUGAGCAUGCUCUUUCAGAUUCCAGAGACUUCAGAUAACCUAUACUGAUCUUGAUCUUAAGGAUCCAGCAUCUCUAAAGUUUACACCCUUAAAUUCCAACAUUUAAACAUUUCAAGUCUGUAUCUGUUAUUUUUGGAUUUCAUCUGACUAUAACACAAUUAUUAAAAAAAAUUAAUUGAGUCAUAUACAACACAUUGAUAGUAUGAUAGACUAUGUGUGUGAGUUUUAUGUGUACAACGGUGCAUGAAUUAUUAGACACAGAUGUGGUGUGUUUGUGUAACAUGUGCUUACACCUUGACCCGACAUUUUUAAGUUUAUUGAUAAAGUUGUAUUUAUGAAGUUUAUACAUAUUUUUUCUUCAGUGAUACUUUAUUUAUGCUACCAAGUUAAGUCAAACUGAACUUUUAGUUUGACAAUUAUUGCACUAAUGUGCACUAUAGGACCCCUCACCUUGUGAGAUAUUUAAAAAGUGCAAUGUGCAAUAAGCACAAUGUUUUUAUAGUGCCAAAAUGAUGUGCCAGUUUUCACUGUGAUGACAAACACAUUCUCAUUGAGAAACUGCAGUUUGUAGCAUAAUGCAAACUUUUACUCAGGUUUUAGAAUAUCAUCAGCAACACUUUAAAGAGCUCUUCAAAAUGCAUGUUUUCUAAAGCUAUGCAUUUUUAAGUUAAGCGUGUUUCUGUGAAUCUGUCUCAUCCUUAUUCUUAUUUAACCAACUAGGAAUUUUGCUGUUCCACCAAGCACUAUUCUCAUGGAUUUACAUUUGUGUGGUAUUGCAGUUGCUCCCUCAGGUCAACAUACCAUAUUUUCUGGACUAUAGGUCACUCUGGAGUGUAAGUCGCACCAGCCAUAAAAUGCACAAUAAAGCAGGAAAAGGCCAAACUAUGAAAAAAAUUGUGAUUUAUAGUCCGGAAAAUAUGGUACAUGUGACCAGUUUUAUUUUUUAUUGAGAAUUACAAGAAAAUAAAUCUAGUGACUAUAUGAAGUUGGUAUUAUUUAAAGCACUAAAAUAUUAAUUUGUCAAAGUGAAUUUGACCAAAACAUUAUUUAUUAAAUUUAAGUCCUUGGAGUUCACUGUUCUGCAUGUAUUCUGGUAUUAGGUCAUCCAAUUCAAUGCAACAGAUAUGAAAAAACUUCUCAAAGAAUAUAAUGUUCAGUGGCACCUUGCAUAGAAAGCAAAAUCACAUACUUUUUGAUCUGAAUCAGUUUGUCAUCCUUACAAGCUUUUAUAGCUAAUGCCUGCACACACAUCCACCUGUUAUAACUGUUUUAACACUGAAAUAUUUUAAGUUAAACAUUUUCACUGAUCUAGUGACAACUAUGAUGUCAUCAUAGUUGUAGUAAUUAAAUUGCAGUGAGCAAGCUGUUAAAUGAUGUUGAUGAUUGUGUACAUGUAACGUAUAGUCCCAGUGUUUCCACAGUAUAACAUGUCUUCCUACACAAUGGUCAGAAGUCAUCUGACAGGUUGUGUUUGAACAUAUAACCAUUUUCAUGUGGAUUUGCUUUUGUUUGGUUUUUUAACCUCUGUUAUGAAUUUUUAAAGAUGUACAUCCUUAAAAAUAAAGUGACUAGCUAAUGGAGCACUAUGUUGUCUGCACUAAAAAUAAAUAUUUGCUGUGACAUGC